AUGGAAAAAAUAGAUUUGAUUGUGAGAUGCAUUACUCAAAUGCAACAUGCAAUAGUAGUGAAUAUUCGAGAUUUGAUUUCGUGCCCGGAAAAAGAUAUCGCCUCCAUAUUAUUAAUACUAGACAAUCAUAUCCUUGAUGUAAUCGAAGUUGAGGGAGAUUACAUAGAAAAAUAUACACUUACGACAGUUCCUUUGAACGUGGGUCAAAGAUAUUCGGUGAUAGUGAAAGCCGAUCAAGAGAUUUCAAAUUAUUGGAUGAGAUCAGCUUUCGAUUAUACCGUUCAUUUCGUAAAACCAAAAACCACCAGAACAUAUAACAACGCAAUAGUUCAUUACGAAGGGGCUGAUGAAAAGGAACCAACUACUCAAUUUUGGAAUGAUUCAGUCAUGUCGGAAUGGAAAGAUUUGGAUCAAUUGGUUAAUCUUAAACCCUAUUAUUACGAAGCAUUGCCGCCAAGUGACUUAACUAUAAUGUUAACAGCUCAAUAUCAUAUGACCGAGGGUUACAUUAACGGGAGUAUGUACGUACCGGAUGACAACGUUUCAACGCUACAUAAGGUUUAUCGGGGAGUUCAAGAAUUUGACGCAAAUCAAAAUGUUUUUACAUUCACACAACCUGGUCAAGUCAUUGACAUCAUUGUAUACAAUUUAAACAGUCAGGAACAUCCUUUUCACAUGGUAGAUAGUGAAGACAUGGAUUUCAAUCCUCGAAUGACUGUUCAAAUUGUAGAAUUACCCGACUCCAUUUCGAAAUUAGUCCCCCCGCAGGAUUGGGUAGACUUAUGUAGUAAUUCGGUAGAUCAAAUAUAG